GCACGUUCCUUUUCUGCUGUGGGUGUUCCUCUUCUUUGGAGUAAUCAGUUCUAGUCCAGUCUCAACAAAGCUUUUUGGGGAGAUCAGAUCCCCUGGUUAUCCCAAGCCAUAUCCCAACAAUAACAUCAGCAUUUGGGAUAUCCAUGUCCCAAAAGGCUAUGUGGUGAAGCUGACCUUCAGAUAUUUUGACCUGGAGCCAUCUGAGUCCUGCUUCUAUGACUAUGUUAAGAUCAAAGCAGACAAGAAGAACUUGGGCCGAUACUGUGGCCAACUUGGGUCAACCACAGGCAAUCACCCAGGAAGAAAGGAGUUUGUAUCUAAGGGGAACAGGAUGCAUCUUGCAUUUCAUUCUGACUUCUCCAAUGACGACAAUGGUACAGUGAUUCCCUACAGGGGCUUCCUGGCCCAUUACCAAGCUGUGGAUCUUGAUGAAUGUGACCCUAACAAUGCUAUUGAGAAAGAUGAAAGGACUCCGUGCCAGCACUUCUGCCACAACUAUGUGGGUGGCUAUUUCUGUUCUUGCCGGACUGGCUAUCAGCUUCAGAGUGACCACCACUCCUGCAAAGUGGAAUGCAGCAGUGAGUUGUUCACAGAAGCAUCUGGGUACCUGAGCAGCCCUGAAUACCCCCAGCCCUAUCCUGAAGACCUCCGGUGUAACUACAGCAUCCGUCUGCAAAAGGGCCUGUCUGUCAUCCUCAAGUUCUUGGAACCCUUUGAGAUUGAUGAACACCAGCAGGUCCACUGUCCUUAUGACCAGCUCAAGAUCCAAGCACGAGGGAGAGAGAUUGGUGAAUUCUGCGGCAAGGAGUCACCUGGCAGCAUUGAAACCAAUAGUAAUGAGGUGGACAUACUCUUCCUCACCGAUGAGUCAGGGUUCAGCCGUGGCUGGAAGAUCCACUACACCUCGGAGAAAAUACGGUGCCCACAGCCUGUCCCACGGGAUCAGUUUACCAUCAUCAGAGACCUGCAGCCUGUGUAUCAAUUUCAGGACUAUUUUGUUGUCAGCUGCAAAACUGGGUAUAACCUGAUCGAGGGCAAUCGAAAGCUACUGUCCUUCACGGCUGUCUGCCAAGCUGAUGGGACAUGGCAUCAAUCUAUGCCCCGCUGUGAAAUUGUGAACUGUGGCAACCCUACAGACCUGGCCAAUGGGGCAUACGUCUAUGUUAACAAACCUGCAAACAACAACUACCAGUCAGUGAUCACAUACCAAUGCAAUGAGCCGUAUUAUCACAUUGUCACCGGAGCAGGCGGUGACAGAUUCACCUGCUCUCCUGAGGGAACCUGGGUGGAUCGAGAUGGUCAGACGAGGAUUCCUGCCUGUUUGCCAGUGUGCGGGAAGCCGUUCAAUCCCGUUACUGAAGUCCAGCGGAUCUUGGGCGGCAGAUCAGCAAGGAGAGGCAAUUUCCCUUGGCAGGCUCUGACUGGCAUCCACGGGCGAGGAGGUGGUGCACUCCUGGGUGAUCGCUGGAUCCUGACUGCUGCCCACACCAUCUUCCCCAAAGGGGCGGGAGGGAGCAAUGCAAGCCUGGACCAGAUAGCAGAGGAGGCUGACAUUUUCCUCGGCCACAACAAGGUAGAAGAGCUCCACAAGUUGGGUAACCACCCUGUACGUAGGAUCUUUAUCCACCCAGAUUACAACCCUAAAGAUGAGCACAACUUCAAUGGGGACAUAGCCCUGCUGGAGCUGAAACACCCAGUAACCCUGGGACCUACAGUACUGCCCAUCUGUCUCCCAGAUACUACCAACACCACGUUCUACAUGGAUGGGCGCAUGGGCUAUGUGAGUGGCUUUGGUGUGGAAAAAAACUUUAUUUCAAACAAUUUGAAGUACGUGAGCCUGCCAGCAGUUGCUCGAGAGAAGUGUCAGAGUUGGCUGGACAGUAAGAAGAGAGACAUACCUAUGGUUUUCUCUGAGAACAUGUUCUGUGCUGGCUUCCUCACAGUCAAACAGGAUACCUGCCAGGGCGAUAGUGGGAGCGUCUUCACGGUGUUAGACACAGGAAGUGGUCGCUGGGUGGCUACCGGUAUUGUUUCUUGGGGUAUCGGCUGUGCCGAGGGUUAUGGCUUCUACACCAAGAUCAUCAACUAUUUGGACUGGAUCAAAGGGAUAGUAGGGGAGGAUAGGCUCUAA